CUCUCUCUCCCUUCCCACUCAGCAACUCCUCCGAAGCUGACACUGUGGCAGAAGGCGGAGCGGAGGGGUGCUGUGGCCACUCGGGAGAGGCGGAGAUGGGGCGCAUGGGGUGGCAGCCGGGGGCCCUGGCCCUCCUGCUGAGCCUCCUCUUGUUGGGCCUCUCCGGGGCCGAGGGCGGCAGGAAGAGAGGACCCUCCGUGACCGCCAAGGUGUUUUUUGACAUACAGAUUGGUGGCAAAGAUGUCGGCAGAAUUGUAAUUGGCUUGUUUGGAAAAGUAGUACCGAAGACUGUAGAAAACUUCAUUAAACUUGCAACUGGAGAAAAAGGCUUUGGCUACAAAGGAAGUACCUUUCAUCGUGUGAUCAAAGAUUUUAUGAUUCAAGGGGGUGACUUCACAGCUGGAGAUGGCACUGGAGGAAAGAGUAUCUAUGGAAACAGGUUUCCAGAUGAAAAUUUUAAACUGAAUCACUAUGGUAUUGGUUGGGUCAGCAUGGCGAAUUCUGGUCCACAUACUAAUGGUUCCCAGUUUUUCAUUGCUGUAACGAGGCCUGGAUGGUUAGAUGGAAAGCAUGUCGUUUUUGGAAAAGUCAUUGAUGGCAUGUCAGUAGUGCAUGCUAUAGAACUUCAGCCAACUGAUGAACAUGACCGUCCUCUUCAAGACUGUGUGAUUGUUAACAGUGGAAAAAUAGAUGUAAAAGAUCCAUUUGUGGUUGAAGUAGAUGACUGGACAAGUUGACAGCAAUGCCAGCAAUGGAACUACAAUGGCUUCUCCUCUGGGAAAACCCUAUGAAAGACUAUUACCUGAAACUGUUUUUUUUUCCAAAGAGAAUACAGUAAACCCACAUGUGGUAGUACUGAAAUACCUGGUUAUCAAAUCAACAAACGUUAAAAAAAAACCCUGUGCUGUUGUCUCAGGAGUUUUACAAUUUUUUAAAAUCAUGAAAUAUAUGUAAGUGGUUGAAAAUGAGAAUUUUCCUAUAUUUUGUUCAUACAUUAACCCCAUGUAUCACAUUCUCUGGCACUCUUUGUUUACACCAGUAAAUGAUCUGACUGAUAAAAUUGGUUUAUAACACAUGACUUCACAAACUUAAAAAUAUUUUCUGCUGAAGAGAAUUAAAAUUGUAUUCAAUUAACUCUAAA